AUGCGCAUGGCUGCAGAUGAAUAUAGUAUUCUCAACUCAAAGCACUUCAUUGGCAUUCAUGGCUACUUGAUUGUCUACUCGGUCGCCAGCAAGCAGAGUUUCGAGAUGGCGCGCAUCAUUCGCGAUAAGAUCCUGAACCACCUUGCUGUCGACUGGAUUCCGCUUGUCAUCGUAGGCAACAAAUCCGAUCUCCGUCCUGAACAACGUCAAGUCACCCCCGAAGACGGCAAGGCACUUGCUGCUGAAUUCAAGUGUGCCUGGACCGAAGCCUCGGCGCGAUACAACGAAAAUGUACAAAAGGCAUUUGAGCUCAUGAUUCAAGAGGUGGAGAAGAGUCAGAAUCCUGGUGAGCCCGCAGGCGGGAGCAAGUGUCAAGUCAUGUAG